AUGCCGGCCAGGUUUCAGCAGCUUGGAGGGGAGACAGUAACUGGAACACUCGCCCUGUCAGUCUUCACGGCUGUCCUCGGAUCUCUGGAGUUUGGAUAUAACAUUGGCGUCAUCAAUGCUCCACAGAAGAUCAUUGAGGACGACUACAAUGCAACAUGGCUGCACCGGUACGGGGAACCCAUCCCCACAGGGACCCUCACCUCGCUCUGGUCGCUGUCCGUUGCCAUCUUCUCCAUCGGCGGCAUGCUUUCCUCCUUCUGCGUGGGCUUUGUCUCUGAAUGGCUGGGCAGGAGGAAAGCCAUGCUCAUAAACAACUUGUUUGCCUUUAUUGGAGGAAGUCUGAUGGGAAUGUCCAAACUCUGUCGCUCCUUCGAAAUGAUGAUUCUUGGACGUUUUAUCAUUGGUGCCUACUGCGGAUUGGCAUCUGGCUUGACACCAAUGUACGUGGGCGAGAUAGCACCUACAAGUCUUCGAGGAGCUUUGGGAACGCUGCACCAGCUGGCUAUUGUAACUGGCAUUCUCUUGGCACAGAUCCUCGGCCUAGAAUCAUUACUCGGCAGCGAACACUUGUGGCCUGUUCUGCUGGGUUUAACUGUUGUGCCGACUGUACUUCAGAUGGCUCUGCUGCCCUUCUGCCCCGAGAGCCCAAGAUUCCUCUACAUCAUCCGGUGUCAGGAGCACCACGCCAAAAGUGGUUUGAGGAGAUUAACAGGCAGACAGGAGGUGGGAGACAUGCUGACAGAGAUGAAGGAGGAGAAGAGGAGGAUGGACAUGGAGAGGAAGGUGUCUAUCCCAGAACUCUUUCGCUCUUCACUUUACCGCCAGCCCAUCAUCGUCGCCAUUCUGCUGCAGCUCUCCCAGCAGCUGUCAGGGAUUAAUGCAAUCUUCUACUACUCCACCAGUAUCUUCACAAAGGCAGGAGUCCAGAGUCCAGUCUAUGCCACCAUAGGAGCCGGAGUGGUGAACUGCGCCUUCACGGUGGUCUCGCUUUUCCUGGUAGAGAGGAUGGGUCGACGGACGCUCCACAUGUUAGGACUUGGAGGAAUGUGUGUCUGUGCCAUCAUCAUGACCAUGGCUCUUGCUUUACUUGACAGUGUUCCAUGGAUGAGCUACAUCAGCAUGCUUUCUAUCUUUGGCUUUGUCGCUUUCUUUGAGGUUGGCCCAGGUCCCAUCCCCUGGUUCUUUGUAGCGGAGCUGUUCUCUCAAGGUCCAAGGCCAGCUGCCAUGGCUGUGGCAGGCUGUUCCAACUGGACUGCCAACUUUAUUAUUGGCAUGUGCUUCCAGUAUGUUGCUGACAUCUGUGGGCCAUACGUCUUCCUGAUCUUCGCAACUCUCCUCCUGUUUUUCCUCAUCUUCACAUUUUUCCGGGUACCAGAGACGCGGGGAAAGACCUUUGACCAGAUUGCAGCCAAUUUCAACCAGCACUCACCUGGAGGGAUGAUGGACAUGGAUAUGGAUCUAAGCAUGGGCAUGGGCAAUGGUAUGGACAUGGACAUAGACAAACCCAGCACUGAAAUGGACUACUUGAAGGAUGAUAGCAUGAACUGA